ACUGGAUCAUAGAGAACGACAAUUCGGGUACAACUCCGGGUUAGUCUUGCAAGUUGCAGCAGCCGAACACCUCAAUGACUGUCAUUCGAUCGUCUCGCACCCAGCAACAGCAACAACAACAGCAACAGCAAUAGCAACAGCAACAACAAACCCAGCUCCACCAUGAAGCUCGUGCUAGACUUGAAUACGGAGGCCGCCAUGCGAGGCGAGGUGGAGGAGUACCUUGGUGGCCGACCAGCAGGAGUAUCCAGUUUUGGGGAUUUGGUAGACGUAUUGGCACAGAGCCACAAAGUCAAAAAUGCCUAUGCAAAAAAAGAUUUCCACAAGGACCCCUCUGGCAUCGAUGCCCGGUUCGAAAUAACCGGUGUGCUCAAUGCUAUAAUGCAAGGAGCUAAGGCUAAACGGGUGGUGAAGUCUUGGGAUGACCUGAAGAAAGAGCUUUCUUUGGACGGGGACGUGGACUUUGCUGAACCGUCGGUUGAGAAAGAAGAAGAAGAAGCUGGCUGGUUGCUUGUUAAGGAGCAGGCCUAGCUAGCACAGUCCAGCCACCCCAUCGACGACUUCAUUGAACUAACUAAAAGUCCUCCAUAGUACUAGUACAUUGUUGUGCAGUC